AUGGAUGGAGAAAAGGAAAUUCAAGGAGGUUCUGCUGGAGUCAGCUCUUGCGCAGAUGUACCCGUCACCGCAUCUUCUACUGAAUCAGUUACAGCGAUUUUAGCCAGUGAAGUUGUGGAUUUCAAGGAUCUGACUCCUUUAGUGGUCGAUAAAAACCGUCAGGUGCUUCUAAGCAGAAAAGAGCCGAGUUGGCAGACAGCGUUGGCAGCCAGGAACAUUCAGACGUUCGGAAGGGAACCAAGUGGAAAGCUGAUUCGUCUGUUCGGCACUGAAGCGAGCGGCUAUCACUCCAAACCACUCAACGACAGUCCACCGGCUGCAGUGCCAAAUGACUAUCUACCAAUAUCACCGCUGUCCACGAAUCGAAAAUCGUACCGUACUCCAGGAGGCCGAAAUGUCGUCUUCAUUCCCGCUUCUCACGUCACCAUACAACCACCGCCGAUGACGGCACCGCCUGCUACAUUACCGCCAUUGGUCACUAUGCCUUACCCGCCUACGAACGUACUUCCUGACUACUCAUCGCAGUACACUACUCAAGAGCGACCGCAGUACAAUAGUUACGGUAACCCGGCGACGCAGAACUAUCCUGGUCCUAACUACGUGCCAGCUCCACAAGUGAUCACGUUACCUGCACUGGAUCCAUACACCACUGCACUUCCACCAGCUGACAGCGAUUUGGAGGAGACCGACGAGGCCUUUGACUCCGAGUGCACAGAAUUGAGCUGCGUGAAUGGUCAGCUUAUCUCGGAGGACAAGUGCAACAGCCUACGAUUGAGAACGAUCAUUCAAAACAAUAUUGUGCCAAAUGAUGCGGAAGCCUCAAAACGAGCUGUACAGUCAGCUGCAGAAUCCGAAACUGGACUGUUCUUUGAUGCUAUUUGUGGCACCGGAUUCUUCAGCUAUAUUGCGCAACGACGCGGACGAUAUUCGUUGGCGUGUGAACUGCUACGUCUUCUCGCCAGUAUGCAGCGAUGCUUCUCCGGUGAUCUACUCAAAGCGUCGAAGGAAUCGCAGAAAGGUUUAUGUGAACAGGAACUGACGGACUUCCACAUCUGGCAUGAAGAAUGUCAGCCAUCCUCGACGAGGAUUAUUCCGUGA